AUGAUCAUCACAUCGAUACUCUGUCUUGUCUUUACACAUUUCUUCGUCGUAACCCCUUUCUACCAACUAUUUCGCAACUACCUCUCCGCACGCAAGACUGGCUUACGCAUCAUAAUCAGCCCAAUCACCCCAUAUACCCUUCAAUGGCGACUACUCACCAGCCUUUGCGGGUCGUAUUUGCAACAGUAUCGAUGGUUUCGUGCCAUCGACUGGACAUGCUGUUGGCAAGACAAUGACAGAUUACAUCAAGAGCUGGGUCUCUGCUUCAUUAUCGUGGCGCCAGGGCAUAACGUACUAUGUACCAGUGAUCCGAAGACAAUUGAGCAUAUACUCAAGAAGUGGAGGGAGUUUGUAAAGCCUGAUAACGUUAAUGAGAUUCUGGGCACUUUUGGACAAAAUGUGGAUACGUCAAACGGUAACGACUGGAUUCGCCAUCGCAAACUUACAGCGCCAUGCUUCAACGAGCGAGCCUCCGCCACUGUAUGGAGCGAGUCAAUGCGACAGUCGAAGAUCAUGAUAGAACAAUGGCUCUCGUCAUCAGACGGCAAAUGGAAAAGCAUGAUCAAGGAUACCAGUACUUUGGCACUAAAUGUCAUCUCUUCAGUCGCUUUCGGGAACAUCGAAGUCAACAAACCAACACCGGGUCACGCAUUGUCGCUCCGCGACACGCUGGUGACAGUCAUGAGUACCUCGAUCUCUCCAACUAUGGAGGGUAUUCUGCCCUUCUUACAGUUUCCAAUACUCCAGUCGCUACUGCCGAGCGAUGUCAAAGACCUUUUACAAGCUAUGCACGAGUUCCGACAAUACAUGGAUGAAAUCAUAGUAACAGAGCGAGAAGCGAUGACGAGCGGGCAGACUAGAGUAUCUGCUCUUAUCAGCACACUUAUUGAAGCUAGUGGCCAAGUCAAGACUGGAAGUAGGGCGUCAAAAGCCAGACUCUCAGAUACUGAGCUUAGAGGCAAUAUCUUCAUCUUCUUGGUCGGUGGGCUGGAGUCUACAUCCAUCACUCUUUCGUAUGCGAUAGCUUUACUGGCUGUGCAUCCUGAUAUUCAGGACUGGGUGGUGGAAGAGUUGGACGAAGUACUGAGUGACAAUGUAAAUAGCGAGAUGGAGUAUGUCAGAGUGUUUCCGCGGUUCAAGAGGGUCAUGGCUGUCAUGUACGAAACGCUACGUCUCUAUGGCCCUUCACCACCUCUUCCUCGGUCACCUUUUCCAGCUACCUUUCAGCCUGCCGUUCCAAUGACACAUACCAGCACAGGGGAAGGUACUGUGUCUACAAUUCUACCUGCUAACACUCAAAUCAUGCUUAACUCUUGGGCCUGCCAAACCUCAUUUGCAAAUUUCCCUGAUCCAAUCACGUGGAACCCGAAGCGCUGGAUUCAACCACAUCUCUCUGAGGCCACCGAAAAAGCUCUUCCAGAGGAUGUAGCUGCAGAAGAACUGAGACAUCCAACGAGUGGUAGCGGUUUUGUCGCUUGGGGUACUGGGUCGAGAAUAUGUCCUGGAAUGAAAUUCAGUCAAGUGGAGUUUUGCAGUGUACUGGGUACCGUUUUGAGAGAAACCAGAGUGGAGCCAGUUUGUAGGGACGAUGAAGAAGUGGAUGCGGCCAGGCAGAAGGUGGUGGAUAUUCUAGAGGACUCGUGUGCGGAUCCGCUGCUGCUGCAUGUGAGACAACCGGAAAAUCUGGAACUAAGGAUUAUCAAACGCUGA